AUUGAGCAUGCUGUUCUUGCGGCUGAACAUCAGCCGGAUGAUGAUGAAGAAGCCGGCGAUAGUGCUGGCGAGUUGGAUGAGCUGACCCGCGUCCUCACGGUGACAGCCAAGAAAUUGGCAUCCAUGAAUCAGGGGCGCAAGUUCCGAAACGCCCCGAAGAAGAGCAUCGAACAGAGGAAGCAGGAAAGCCUUUGUGCUGCAUGCGGUCAACUUGGCCACUGGGCAGGCGACAACGCCUGUCAGGUUUCCUCCAAAGGCCAGAAGGCCGGCAAGGGCAAAGGAUCUCCUGACAAGGCCAACAAGGGCUUUGAUGGCGGCAAAAAGGUGUUCACCGUGAACCACUACACCGGAUUCGACAUCGGGGACGAAUUUGAAUUUGAAGAACACUCACCUUUUUCUCCUCAUGAAGUAUUGGUUGUUUUUCAGAAUGCCACCCAUGUGAACUUCAAGAGCAGCAAGGCAGCACACUUCAUGAUUUUAGACACGGCCUGCCAGAAAUCUUGUUGUGGACACGAGUGGUACAUCGAGCACCAAAAGAUUCUUGAACGAAAUGAUCUACAUGCAGUACUUCACCCCCAAAGUGAACGUUUCCAAUUUGGUGCUGGCGAACCACUGGUAUCCAAGACCUUGGCACUCCUUCCGAUCGGCAUCGACAAGCGCAUGUGUGUUUUUGGGGUCAACAUCCUGGACGCCUCCAUUCCGUUUUUGGGUAGCUUGAACCUCAUGAAUCAGAUGGGCCUCCAGUUGGACCUCGCUAACCAAACAGCCAUCAUUGGAGCUUUCGACAACCACAAGGUCCCCCUCACCAAGGUUCUGGGCCACCUCGCAUUGUGCAUCACAGAUUUUUCCAUGGACUCCCAUUUUUCCACCUUCGUUCAUGAGCAGUGCAGUUCAUGUCCGCCUCACAAGACGGAGUUCAUCUCUUUUGAUGCACCGCCGCAGCCCCAGCAGAUGGACCAAAAAGACGUCUUGGUGAAGACGCCAUCAGCUCCCCCGGAUGUUCGACACUCCGACCCACACCGACCUCUCAUGGGCAAGCCUCGUGAAGAAGCUGCUGCGUCUCCGCAGGAGCGUGUGGGUGCAGAUGCAAGCUGCCGUGAAGAUAGGCAUCGUCGGAAUCAACUACCUCAGCAAGGCAGCAGCAAGCACCGAGGAGCCUCCAAAGGGGCGAAUGACAGCGAUCAAGAGCAAGGCAGCCAAGCCGAAGAAGACUUCCCAGGCAUCUUCCUCACAACAGCCACCACCGGAGCUCGAGCUGAAUCUCCCACCUCCAAAAGGACAAGUUGCCAAAAAGGGCAGUUCAACGACCAGCCAAAGACCAGUAUGUCCUCAUCCCGACUUCAUCAGGUACGGGAACGGCUGGGGCAGUUUCGCUCGAUGCAAGGUGUGCUACCAACGUUGGAGGUGGAACGCCGCAGACGGCGUAUGGAAGUCGGAUGGCUGCUCCUCAAGUCCCUCGCCGUUGCCGCAGUCACCUUGGAUGGGAGUGGGAACUCCUACCAUGGUCUACGAGGAACCCUCGGACCUGACAGCGAACCUGGGCACGGGCUACCAAGUGGCACAGGAGCCACCCUGCGUGAUCUAUGGUCAGAUUGGGACGGGAGCGCAGGAGCCUUUGCCACCGACUCGGCGCAAGCCCAAGCGAACAUCCAGAGCAGCAUCAAUGACAUCUUCAGCCGCGGGCCAUGGUCUGACUGCCGAAGCACUGCAGGACUUCGACUCUCUGAUGAGCGGCAACCAGAGCCACGGCCGAGGAGCGAGCAUCUUAGAGUGGGGGUCAGGAAGCAGUUGAGCGGCUCCAUCAACAAGAAUGUCAAGAUGCUGGAGAAUGAGGUCUACAUCCUCAACAAGCUGCCGAAUAAGGAGACGCUCAGCAAUAAGGUGGACCUCAUGGAGCUCUACAGUGGCGAAGCACGGCCGACCUCCUUGGCACCCCGCUAUGGACUCACCUCCAUCCAGCCCUUUGAGUUGCAGGAUGGAUACGACUUGGAUGCACCACAUGUCCGGGGCUGGGUUGAAGAAGAACCGGCCGUGCAGAAGCUUAUGAACCAUCCGGACACGGUCAAGGUGACCUGUGAUGGUGGCGCCUUCGGGGCGCAAGAUGAGGAUGGCUACAACAUCACCAAGACCUACGGCGUCCUCACCAAUUCCAAGGUGCACCCCAUCAAGAUGGUGCACGCAAUUCUCCAAGGCCUAAGAGAAGAAGCCCUUCAACGUGAUCCAAUUCGCUUUGAACCACCUCAGAUCGUGUUCUAUGCCAGGCCAGUCGCCGACGAAGAAAGAUGGCGAGAAGCACUGGACAUGGUGAAGAAGACCUUCGGCGCGUCUGCCAAUAAGUCCGUCCAGCUGACCUCCACGAGCUCCAUUUACAAGAUAGUGGCUGACUUGGUGCCCUGGGAGCUCACACGAGUUCAAAUCGCAGCCACUCCGGCUGUAAGAAGAAUGCCGACGGACGUCCUCUACACCCACCGUGGGCUAGCUGUGGUCUACAACGACUCCACCAUCGACGUUGAAAGCGAGGACCUCAGCAUGAUCGAACACCCGAAGCAGCGCUUUGCUCGACCGGUCGCCCAUGGCAUCUUCUUCUACGGCAACGCCGAGGACGACCCGAAGCCAGUGGAUGAGGCAGCAGUCCCGCCGGAGCGUCGCAUUCCGGGACUACGCACCGAUGUGAACUUUCCAAAUCUGCCACCUUCCGGAUUCCAUACCUCGAGAAGUACAAGCAUCAGUGGUGACGACGACAGGAACUUCGGAGGAGUCUUUAAGGAGCGACUGGAAGCAAAUGGCACACAUCUCGUCAUCGUGCCAGGAGAAGCACACUGGAGGAUUGGAACCAUCGAGAGAAAGAAUGCCAUCCUCCGACAAGUCGCUGAACGAUUGAUCGAUGAGCGUGGUGCAAUGGCCGCCUACUGGCGAUGGCAGAAGAAAGCAAAAGGGCGCAAGAGAGGCGGCUACAUCCUAUGUCGCCUCCUUUCUCAUGACCCAGAUCAGAAGUCAGCCUGGGUGCACAACGGCAACUCGACCGUCCAAGUGACCUAUGAACAGCUGCGUCCUGCCUUUGGCAUUGAGAACUGGUGUCCUUCCUCCGAAGACAUCCAGAUCUUGAAGAACGGUGCACAGCAACUGCAGCAAGGACUCGGGGGUGAUGAACGUGGACCUGGACCUCCUGCUGAUGAACCAGUACUACCAGAAGUGGCGCAUGAACAAGCACCUGAACUGGCAGACCUCGUCAUGCCACUUGUCCCAAGCGCUUCAACACCUGCUUCAGCGUUAGCGACGCCGGCGCUUCCGACGGGAUCAAUGCUUCCUGAGCCGGCUCAACCACCGGCGUACUCACCGACCUUCAGGCAGAAGAACAUCCAGAUCAACUUCGGGGCUCAACGCACGCCCCUCGGAAUGCAUGAGAUGAGUCACCCAUAUGCAGCACCCUCCAGUGGAAACUACGAUGCACUUCCUCCCGAAGUACCUCAACCGGUACUACAUGCGCCCGAUGUUCCGGUACCUCCAGACACAGAACCGGUACCAGCACUUCUACCAGUUCCAGCCUUGGGAGAAGAGCGGCCAAUGACUGAUCAACUGGCAACACAAGAUCCGCCUGACGCAGAGCUGACCUUGGAACAACAGCUUCACCGUGACCUCAACACCGGCGAAGCCCUACCCAAGGUGCCUCGGACCUUCGCAUCUCGAGGAUGUCCACAACAGCUCACACUACCUCCUGACGGAUGGGAUGGCUCUCCUCUACUUGAACUACCAGAGACCUCCUAUGUCUUCCGGGAGUAUGUGCAGGGCAAGGACCUGCGAUGGACACCCACCACGGUGAUGUGGGCCGACGGACUCACGAAGUCCGCUCCUGAACUUUUGAGCCUUUUUCAAGCAUGGCUCAG